UGGAGGCAGGAACGGAUGCAGAGCCGCAUGUGGAACAGGCUGUGACUGCUGGACAUUAUAGCUGGAGGCAGGUCUGUGUGGGACUCGUGGGGAAGCAGCAGUAACUGGGCAGGGAGCAACAGCAGACACACUAACUGGGUGCUGUACAAACACAGAACAAAUAAACCGAUGCUGCCCAAAGAGUUCAAACUCUAAAAGCCUGAUCAUGAGAAUGUCGAAGGAGUAUCAUAAGUGUGCACGCUGGUUCUCAAGCUUGCUUUUCACCUCCCUGCCCAGCUGGAGAGAUUUUUUUUUUCAUAAGCAAAUGCCCCUCACACUGCUUCUGCCAUCUGAGCCUGGGGGUAUUUUCACAUUGGAGGUCCAGUUUUUGCCCAUUUAAAGAGUCAGUUAAACAGUCUGCAGAGGGAAUGAGUUAUCUGUCUAGGUUCCUUUCUUAUAUGAUGUCACCCUAAAAGUAUAAAGUAUGCACAUAAUUUUGUAUAUACAACUGAUGGGGUUUAAAACAUGCAAUCCACAACUCCACUUCCGCCCAUCUGCUUCUCUCACAAGGCUCCAUACUGAGCAGUGCAUGCUGCUGGGGCCUGUAGUUGCUGUAGAUGACACCCUGAAGUGGCAUUGUAGAACUCUGGAGGAGGCACUUUGUCCAAGUCCACAGUACAGCCUCUGGGCCUGACACAGGACAAGCAGUGCGAAUCAGGAGUUUGCAGAAAGUUUGCCAAAAUGCUGAGAUGGAAAAAAACAAGAAGACCAGCUACUUGGAGGCAGAAUUGAAAGCAAAAAAAAAAAACCACACUCAGCAGGUCAGUUCAGGCAACCACUUCCUGAACUGUCACAGGAAGUACAGAGGAAUCCGUUUUGUUUUUUUUAAUUUCAACUGCUGAAAAAGGAAACUAUAAGAGGCCAUGCUGAGAUGACGAGAGACAUAGCUGAUCACACCACUAACAAACUGGUCUACCAAGUCUUCCGGCAGAGUGAUGUCCAGGAUUCACGCUCAAUCACUGUUAAGGAUUGCAUUGAUGGCACAGUAGCGUGGACUAUUAAGACGCCUGAUGACUUUGUGAGAACUGAAGUGACAGGAGCUGCCAGCACCUACCAAGGGAAGUCCAUCAAGGUGAAAAGAGUAGAGGUCAGCCCAGCAGACCUCACGUUGCUACAAGGAGAAAGGAAAAUCAACAUGGACCAUUCCUUCAUUGAGGGUUUAAGGAAGCGCAGAGAGAACUUGUACGUGAUCAACGAGGCUGUACAGGCUUUGGAGGAGACCACAUUUUCCAAGUCCAGUACCAUAGAAGGCAGCAUUCUGAAUGAGAUCUAUGUCCAUUUUUCAUUAAAGGGCACCAGAGGCAGCCAGAGAGUCAUAGUUAUCCCUAAGGACUGUGUCUUGGCAUUCAGAAUCAAGCCACUAAUUAUUCAAAGUGAAUCAUGGGGCAUUUCCCAUUAUCCAGAUGAUGAAACAUUUGUUGCAGAUGCUCCAACAGAGGAAUCCGAUUACUCCCCAGAUGGAGGAAUGGAAGGCCUGCAGAGAGAAGUUGAAAAGGAAUGUGAAGAGCUCUCACAGUUGUCCACAGAUCUGCGUGCCAAGUUCUUAAAAUCAAUCAUAGCCAUGAUAAUAAACAUCAACCUCUUGCAAGAACUCAAACUCAAGCUAGAAGAGGCUUUUGAAGAUGCUGAUAAAUGUGAACUAAAAAGUGAGAAUCCAGACUUGGAAGACUUGCUAAACACUUUACAGGAUUCUGCAGGAAACAUAAAUCUUUACCUUGCUGGGCCGGUUCUCUACACUCUUCAAGCACUUGAUGAGCUAACUGAGGAUCAGUUACUGCAGCUGGCACAGUCUGUGAAGAAGCAGAUUGUAUCCAAACAGCUUGAGCUGGUCAAGAGCAUCUUGAAGCAAGAUUUGCACCUGAAAGAAGCUUUCAUCCUGGAUGCCAAGCUGGUCUCCUCCCUGCAAGAGGAGGAACUGAACAUAACCAAGGCAAUGAUAGAGCUGGGUGGAGUAACGCUGCAGAGAAAUGGACCUUCUUUCACUGGGACUAGCGACCUGGCUGCUUUCUCAGCCCUCAGUGCAUUGUAUGUAGCCUUGUAUGCUUUACAUCUUCUGUCUAGAUCAGACUAGACAUGACACCUUUCCUCACAUUAGAAGGGAUGUCAAUAGAAAGACUGAAAAAAAGAUUUCCUGAGGUUGAUUAUGGGAAGUGAGUUUUUCUCUACAAAAAGAAUCCCCAAUUUUAUACACACCCACACACUGUAGCAACCUUACUUUGAUCUGGAUGAGACUCUCUUUAUGUCUCCUCAAUGCUGCUUCUAGAUCAGUGGGUGGGAGAAGGAGACUGUUGCAAGUUGCCUGGCAGCCAAAGGAAGUGAGAAACCAGAACCAAGAAUUAAAACAGGUUCUCUCACGAGAACCCAUGGCCCAGGAUGUCAUGAGCUUGUCUGCCAUAUUUUGGCAGAACCGGCCAAUAGGAGCUUUUGGGGGCGGGUUUGGGGGAGCAACUGCGGGCCAGAGCCAGGCGGAGCUGCUUGCACACCUCUGCCUAGGAGCUGGAUCUGGCGCUGGCCGCUUCAGGCACAGCGCGGUCCACGGUGCCAGAACAGGCAUGAAGCCUGCCUUUGCACCCCGGCUGCACCACUGACCGGGAGCUGCCGGAGGUACAUCAUCUUUAUCCUGUUUUUCUAGUUCUGAUAAGGUGGGUAAGGUAAUAUAUUUUAUUGGACCAACUUCUGUUGGUGAAAGAGACAACCUUUCAAGCUACAAGAGUUCUCCUCCAGAAGAGGAGCUCUGUGUAGCUUGAAAACUUCUCUCCUUCACCCACCAAAGUUGGUCCAAUAAAAGAUAUUAUCUGACCCACCUUGUCUCUCUGAUAUCCUGAGACAAACACAGCUACAACCCUACAAUUUUGUAGUUCUGUAAUUUUGAUUAUGGUAUUAAUAAAACUCAGUGUCUCUGUGUGUAUCAUCAAUUAUCUUCUUCACAUUUAAUCUUGAAGUAGCUGCCAAAAAACAAACCUGUUAUUAGUAACAAGUGCAUUUUGCACCCCAAAUUAAUUAUAAGGCAAUGAAGUCCAAACAAACUGAC